AUGCGAAUCGCGUCAGGCUGGGCCAACGGCCCAAACACCAAAUUCAUGACCGCCUCGACGGCCGUGUGCAAGCCGGGCGUCUACGCGCCAAACGGCGACGAGUGCGGCGGCAUCUGGGUCUACCCAAAGCGCUUCAGCAAGCUCCCGACACCACCCGGCGCGAAAGACAAGAGCGGCCGACCGCUGCCAACCAAUGUCGCGCCGGGCGAGGUUGGCUCGCGAAUCAUCCUUUGGGUGCACGGCGGCGGCAACAUCGGCACGACCGCACACCAGUACCUCGCGUUCGUCGGCUACCUCCUCUCUGAGACCACCGGACAGGUUGUCCUCCUCCCCUCGUGGCCCUCAGCGGGGGCGGAGCCGUGGCCUCACGCGCUCUCGCAGCUGGUGCGCUGCUACCGCUCGCUGGUAACGAUGUACGGCGCCGAGAACAUCGUCGUCGUCGGCGAUUCCAGCGGAGGCGGCCAGGCGCUCGCCACGCUCCUCGCCGCCACCUCAGUCGUGGGCACCGUGCCAGCGGACUCGCCCGACGCGCUCGAGACGCCGUCGGCGAUCAAGUACAGCGCGAACACUUGCGGCCUUGAGCCAGAGCACUUCACGCCAACGGAGGAGGAGCCAAAGGCGCGUGGCGGGCGUUUUGCUCCCCUCGGAUGGGGCGACGUCAUCCCUGCUGGAUCUGGGGCAGCAUACCUGCCUGGAUAUGCGUACGCGACUAGAAAACGGCGCAGUUCGGACUCACUCGUCUCUCCGAGCCUGGCGAGCGAGGCUGAGCUUCGAGCCGCGGCGAGACCUGGCUCGGUGUGGAUGACCUGGGGAGGGGAAGAGGCGUUUAGCGACUCGCAGGCGCUGCUGGCUGACAAGAUGCGCGCGGCGGGUGUGCUUCACGAGUCGUUCGUCCAGCCGACGAUGGCACACGACGCCCUGCUUGCGGCAACGCUCAGCUUUAACUUCGGGCUCUGUCGUGGCCGUGGCGACCCGCACAACUUUGAGGCUUCCGCCGCGUUUAUCGCGAUGGUGAAGUGGAUCAAGAGCUUGGGGCCUGACUGGCUGCAGGGCGGCCGGCCGCUGUGGGGUCUUGAACUCUAG